GGCCACCCGAACAUGAGUAUCGACUCGCUCUCACAAAUCUCCACAUGUAUCUUCCUGCAUUGUCGCAAAGUCUUCUCGUGUUGGCUCUGGCCCUUCUCAUCCCCCUCUGGCCGACCAGCACCCUGCCGCUCCUCAACAUUCUGAAAUCCUUCACCUCGAAGCCCACCAUGGCCGGUAUUUCCGAGACCCAGAAAGCUCAACUACAGGAGGUUGCAGACCUCAUGCUGGAGAUCUAUCAGACUCUCGCACGGAUGCGUUAUCUUGACCCUCGGGGAAUUCAGAUCGGACCCCACAAUAUCACCGAGCUACGUCCGCUGUAUGAACAGCACGGACUGGACCCCUCCAUCAUCUACCUCUAUAGCAUACUUCCGUAUGUCGACACCGCUGCAGCAGGAAACGAGGAUUUCUAUAAUGGUGGCGAAUUCACCGACUUCCGGACCGAGGAUGAUGUGGAACAAGGUCGUGAUCCGUUCUACGCUGGUCCUACGGAUGAGGAUUUCGACGACGAAGAUGGGCCGUACAUCCGUCCUUGGGUCACGCCGCUGUCGAGGCUGGGUAAUCACCAAAGCGUGAUUGUCUAUGAUGCACGGAAGCACCGGAUCUGGAUCAUCGACCAAGAGGGCUGGUGCAGCACUGAUCCUGCCUUGGAGGAUGUGGAAGAGGAGACGCCCAAGAGUAAGAAUCGAAGUAAUUUCGACCAUAUUCCUAGCCGGCCUGCUGGUGAUGUGUUGCGGGAUAUUAUCAGGUGGUACCGCGAACUAAAGGAACUUCCAGGAGGCGGAGAGCACAGCGGCGGUGAGUGGGAUCAUGAGGACUUGGACCUGAAGGGGCUGUACCGGAAGCAUGGAUGGCCAGACAAUUUUGAUGGCGAUGCAUUCCAAGUGGAUAAGGCGAGAGCGUACUGUGCGGACAGGGUCAAGUACGGCGCCGAAGAGCCCUUGCGAGCGGUGGAAAGGUUCAAGAACUGGAAGGAAUGGAGUGGCAACACGAUCCAGGACCGACGAAAGGCAAUUGCUGCGGCUAAGAGUCCGGACGAAGAGUGGGUGACGCGGCUGGAACUAUGGGACGCAGAGCGGUCAUAUCGCAGACAUACCGAAGAACUCAAAAAGGCGGAGCAAGAAGCCAGCAGAUUAUGCCCGGACGGAGUAUGUUUGAAAUUGGAGGACAUACCUCUGUUGGAACUGGAUUCGGUACGGCAGGAGUAUGAAUACAAGCAACGUGAAGCGGAAGAUGAGCGAAAAUGGAUGGAAGAAACGCCCGAAUCCAAUCCCGAGGACGCGGAGAGAUUCCAGAACUCCUUCUACCUCGCAGAAAAGGAGGCUGCAAUUUACCGAAAGGCAUGGGAAGCUGCCAAAGCUGACGCAGAACGUCUCUGCCCUGGAAGGACGUUGAAUGUGACCGGGCCGGAGACUUCGGAGCAGGAGCGUACAAUGGCCGAAGUCCAAAGAAUGGAAGACCAUGCCAUGUCUGUGCAACUAGAGCUCGCUGCAUUGCGCGAAUGGGCAAGUCAAAUCCCAGACGAUGCCACCACAGCAAAGGACAAGGCCAACAGUAAGAUACAGACUUACCAACAAUGGUGGGACGAUGGCCAGGCCAGGAUAGCUACGUUGAAGGCUACGCUAUAAAAUUCAGCUAGUAGCCAGGUCAUCUGCCGAUGAAUGGGGUUCUCAACUACGGCGGAAUGCUUUUCGUUUAAAGAUACAGGACUCGAUUUAUAUACGACUUGCUAAUUCACCAAAAACAUUGUUUCACACCUAUUAAUACACAAACAACAUGUUUUC